AUGAUCGGCGUCUCCAUGUACUCAAUACAGCCUUUGUGGUUGGUGUUAGGUGUGCUAUCAUCACCAGCGGUCGCACAAGGUAUACUUAAUAGUGUCGACAGCCAAGAUGGAGAUGGCGAAUCAGAGUCAUCUUCAACGACGCAAAAUGUUUCCUCUAAGGGAAUGAUUAUUUUGUGCACCAUCGUGGCAUUGGUGUUGGUUAUCGGUGUAUUAUUCACCGUUGUGUUCAUUACUGUAAAGAAGAGGAGCUCGAAGACACCAAAGACAUCCUCCUUACCAGAUGAAGCAGCCACAGAAAUCACGGAAAGAUCGUUGAGUGGCAAUACACCGACUGAAAGGGACGGAUCUAGAUCCGAUACUCUGAAACACCAAGAGAUUCAACCAGAUAUAGAGAAGAAUGCUGGCGUUGAUCCAAGCCGACCGCACAGAAAUGCUUGGAUGAAGCAAAGAGGAUGGGGAUCCUACUUUUCUUUCGGGCGCGCAUAAAAUCGUCUCACAGCCACAGCACCUCGAUCAACUCCGAUAAUUCGAGCGACCCAGUCAACAAACAUUUGAUUAAGAGCAGCUCAACGUGAUGGCUUUCUUUCCAGUUAUUGUAUUUUUCAUAUUCUUUCUUAUCGUGCCAUCAUCCCUCCAUCCCCCACCCCUUGAUGUACAUUUGGAGAAU